AUGAAGAAAAUAAACGAAAAACUGAAAGUGAUCAAAAUCCAAUUGGAUGCAGUGAGAAGAAAGCUGAACAGGGUGCAGACGGCACUCAAAGUGAAUGCGGAGGUGCCAAAUUCUUAUUUGGAAAAUAGGCACUUUCUGCAACUGCAGCUGAAGACCAUCGAAGAUGCGUUGGUGGAAUACAAUGCCAACCAGCAGCGCAUCUACAGCUUGGACGUGGGUGAUGAGGCCCGCGAGGAAGCAGACGUAAUGUAUGUCCGAUUCGAGCAGCGAUACGGUGAGUUGUACGUUUUCAUUAUUAAAUUGCUGGACGAUAUUGUCAAGAAAGAGAAUGUUCCGGUAGUAGCAGCAGCUCCAGUACCGGUAGCUUCCGCUGCAGCGAUGCACCUACCGCCGCUCAAGGUACCGUUGCCUACAUUUGACGGUACAUACGAGAACUGGUAUGCAUUCAAGUCGAUGUUCGAAACGAUUAUGAAUCGCUAUCAGUCGGAGUCCCCAGCGAUAAAAUUAUACCACCUUCUCAACUCGCUGGUAGGCAAGGCUGCAGGAAUAAUUGACCAGGAGAUAAUAAACAAUAACGAUUAUGCAGCUGCUUGGUCGACAUUAACCGAGCGAUUCGAAAACAAACGGUUGAUCAUCGAUAAGCAUAUCGAUGCCCUUUUCGAUCUUCCAAGGAUGACGAGCGAGAACGCAACAGAAUUGCGUAAGCUGAUAGACGUCUGUUCGAGAAAUGUUGAUGCCCUCAAAAACCUUGAGCUUCCAGUUGAAGGAUUGGGAGAAAGUAUACUCAUCAAUCGAAUCACAAAGAAGUUAGAUGACGAAACUCGCGAGGCAUGGGAAUUGGACCAAUCCGCAAACGAAAUGCCGGAUUACGAUUCAACGAUGGAAUUUCUGAAAGAGCGAUGCCGAGUGUUGGAGAAGAUCCGUGUUCCGGAGAAGCGCAUCGUUAAACCCGUGAAACUACUGAAGCCGACCGUAGAAGUGAGAACCAAGGGUAGCAGUCUAGUGGCAACCGCUGACAAAUGUCCACAGUGUUCAAACAACCAUGCGUUAUGGAAAUGUGACUUCUUCAAGAAGGCAAACCUGACAGAUCGAUACAAUACCCUUCGACGCAUCGGAGCGUGCUUCAACUGCCUCCAAAAGGGACAUCGGACAGUCGAGUGUUCAUCGGAACAUUCUUGCAAGAAGUGCAACAAACGGCACCACACCUUCCUUCAUCCAAACGAGACAUCUACAAAAAAGAGUGAAGCUCCGUCAGCGGUAAACUCAAAAGACGAUCAGCAGAAUCAGAAGCGAGAGGUACCUGCUGGGCCUAGUACUUCAACACCUGCAAUCAGUAAGGAGGAACAGCAGUCAAACUUCUGUACUCGACCAAAGUCGGGUAGACAGAUACUACUCUCAACAGCGGUAGUACUGGUCUAUGGAAAAGCGAACAACCCGUACCCUUGUAGAGUUCUUCUUGACUCGGGGUCACACACAAACUUCGUUUCGGAACAUUUCGCUACGUUGUUGGGAUUGAAGAAGCAACCUGCUAACUUUUCGAUCGGUGGGUUGAAUGAAACGCAAACGAAGGUUCGAUUCAAUAUACACACGCAGCUGAAAUCUAGAGUAACUGAUUAUACUGCUUGUCUUGAGUUGCUCGUGGUACCGAAGAUAACUGGAGAGCUGAAGAAGAUAUUGGAGAGCUUGUGA